AUGAAUGUGAACGUCUGUGACGCUCUCCUCUCUGUUUCAGGGCUGACUCGCACAGAGCGGGACAGAGGCAGCGUCUAUGAGCUGACGUUUACAGGCGACGCUCCUCGGAGCUUCACGCAGCUCGUCCUCUUCAGGCCCUUGGGCCCGGUGAUGAAAGUGAGGAGUGAGAGCGUGAACACGCACAGCAUCGUCAUCAACGUUAUCGUUCCGCUCUCCAAGAGGAUGGAGGCAUUCAAGCAGUUCAUCAACAACUUCAGAGAAGUGUGCAUCCGACAGGACGGCAGGGUCCACCUCACUGUGGUCUACUUCGGUCGAGAGCAGAUCGAUCAGGUGAAAGCCGUACUGGAUCAGACCACCAGAGAGACCCGGUUCAGGAGCUUCACUCUGAUCCAGAUGAAUGAGGAGUUUUCUCGUGGCCGAGGCCUGGAAGUGGGCGCCAGGGCUUGGAGACGGAGACAGAACGUUCUGCUCUUCUUCUGCGACGUGGACAUCCACUUCACCGCCGACUUCUUGACCUCCUGUCGUCUGAACGCAGAACCUGGAAAGAAAGUGUACUACCCCGUGCUCUUCAGCCAGUACAACCCAUCUGUCAUCUACAGCAACCAAAGCCUCCCACCUCCCCUCCAACAACAACUGGUGAUAAGGAAGGAAAGUGGAUUCUGGAGGGACUUUGGGUUCGGUAUGACCUGCCAGUACAGAUCAGAUUUCAUCAACAUAGGUGGGUUUGACCGCAGCAUGAAGGGCUGGGGGCUGGAGGACGUGCACCUGUACAGGAAGUACCUUCACAGUAAGCUGAUGGUGAUCCGGGCUCCUGCUCGUGGGCUUUUCCACCUGUGGCAUGAGAAGAGCUGUGCAGAUGAGCUCCCUCCAGACAAAUACAAGAUGUGCAUGCAGACCAAGGCCAUGAGCGAAGCCUCACACAGCCAGCUCGGGGCGCUCUUCUUCAAACAGGAGGUUGAAAACCACCACAGCUCCCAGAAAUUAUUAAAUAUUUCGGUGAAUCUAAGAUUUGGGAACUAA